CAUACCAUAGAAGAAGACAACCUGUUGGGUAAAAAAUUGUAAACAGAAAAGACUCUUAAUGAUGGUGCUCGGAAUGAUGUUACAUAUUAAAUAUUUAGGCUCGGCAUUUUUCACGACAAGUCAUUGAAUAAGGGGCUCCAUCAUGUCCUCUCCAGCCGGCCUUGCUUCCCAAUCAUGGGGCUUGGUCGACAUGCUGGGCCAGAGAAGACUGCUGGGAGUUGGUGCUUUCUUGGCCUGGAUGAUCUUGUUCCACUUGCUGGUGAACGUGUGGCUGCUGUGCAUCUUCACAAGUUUCCUUGUUGUGCUGGGUGCCUGGCUCGGAUCUCAGGUGAUCCUUGAGUCAAACAGGGUCGUUCACCUAGAGCGGUUUGUCACCAUGGAGAGGAUUUCCUCCUCCGUAGAGAGUGAGCAGCUGCUCGACCGCGAGAUCGAAAACACCGUCACCAAGAUCAUCCGAGACUUUGUGUCAUCGUGGUACAGCACUGUGUCCCCAGAGCAUGAGUUCGAGAACGAGGUCGAGAGAGCAAUGAUCUCCAUGGCGAUGGAGCUGAAGCUACGCAGCAAGAGGGUGGACACAAAAGCUUUAACACAGAGGACCUUGGAUCUGUUUGGAUGUCACCUUCAGAGCUACAUGAGGGCUAAGGAAAACCUGGUGGAUGCACAAAAUCAGCAAGAUGACAACUCCCGAGACAUUAUGUGGAAGCUCUAUUCUAAAGAGAGCACUCCUCAUCCGGCCCUUAAGAGCUCUGCCGUCGAGGUGAAUUACGCCAGGGCGAUUGUGGACUUGCUUUUGCACGUGCUCGUUCCUGCACCCCACCUGGAAACCCGAACGGGACGAUUUGUGGUGGGCGAGCUAAUCACCUGUAACGUCCUCUUGCCCCUCAUCACGAAGCUCUCGGACCCCGACUGGCUCAACAUGAUGAUCGUGGAGAUCUUCGCGAAGGCCGUUGAUCCUGUCCCAAAGCCGACCGGCACCGAGGAAAUUCUGCACCUUGAAACUCCCCCAGAACCAACGCCUGCUCAGGAGACGGAGGCGCAUCCUGUUCCCAAAGUACCAGAGAAGUCGAACGGGCCCAGUAAAGCAGACGUCCCCGCGGCUGAGACACCCACUGCAGAUGUCGUAGACUCUGCCGAGAACUGCUCUCACCAGGACGCUGACGAGGACUCAUCCAGGCCUGUGACUGAUCUUACAGCAGCAGGUCUUGCUCCCAUUCUUGUGCGGAGGCCAAUGGAUUUCCUGAGGCCCGGCAAGUCCAACCCUUUCUAUCACGAGAACGAUUCUGACCAGGACUCCCCUCUCUCCGAGCUCAAGAAAAACUCCACGGAGUCCCUCGUCCUCAUCAGUCCCAUCUUCGAGCUUGCGGACAAGCCAAAGGAGGAUGUCGCCGAGGCGGCGCUGGAGGGCAUCGUGGACCUCGAGGACGAGUUGUCCGAGUUCUCGGGGAUGUCGGAGCUGUCCUGCCCCAAGGUUCUGGUCUCUGACGAUCCCAGAGCCUCCGUGGCAGAUGUGGGGAAGAUCGAAGAAGCGUCCAGCUUCUGCACCCUCCACGAGCUGGAGGAAGAAGGCCCCGCUGGGUCUAAGGCCGCGAUGGGUGUGGAUCAGCAGCAGGUAGCCGGGAUGGCGGUGAGUCCGAACGAGCUCGCUGUGAUGGCACCGCUACUGGCUUCCUCACCAACUGGGGGCUCUUUCACCUUUGACCCUCUCAGCAGCCCUGAAGGCCCCGUUAUUAUCCAAAACCUCCGCAUCACUGGGACCAUCAUAGCUAAGGAGCACAGGGGUACCGGCUCCCAUCCGUACACUCUGUACACGGUGAAAUAUGAAACGGCGCUGGACUCGGAUAACCCCUGCGCUGUGCAACCUGUGGCUUAUCACAUGGUGAAUCGCAGAUACAGUGAAUUUCUCAACCUGCAAACCCGCUUGGAGGAAAAACCGGAACUACGCAAGAUCAUUAAAAAUGUUAAAGGUCCAAAGAAGAUCUUUCCAGAUUUACCAUUUGGAAACAUGGACACAGAUAAAAUUGAAGCCAGGAAAAGUUUACUGGAAAAUUUUCUCAAGCAACUCUGUGCCAUCCCAGAAACUGCCAACAGUGAUGAAAUGCAAGAGUUUCUCGCUCUCAAUACAGAUGCAAGGAUUGCCUUUGUGAAGAAGCCGUUCAUUGUGUCACGGAUAGACAAGAUAGUGAUGAAUGCUAUAGUGGACACGCUGAAGACGGCCUUCCCUCGCUCAGAGCUGCAGAGUCCCACGGAUGAUGUGGAGGUAGAGACGGACGGCAAACUGACCUCUGACAAAAAAUCCAAGUCGCGACUGAGGUUCUCCAGUAAAACUGCUCCUGCUCUGAUUGUAACAGAUAUCAUGCCCAAAGUGUUGUACUGCUUUGAUGAGGCAAGCACGGUGUUCAAUGGUCUGUCUGUGGCUGGACUCGAGACCUUCAUUCAGGAGCAGGAGAUUCUUGUGGUCAAGACUAGUUUACAGGAGACUGGCUCUAAAGGAGAGGGAGGUCUCAAACCGAAUAUGGAGGGACAGGACUGUGGACGAUCUAGGACUCUAAGUUCAGUGCUGGAGACUGCAGUGGGUGAUGUGGCCCUGGAUGUCUUGUGUAUGCUGAUGAAGGACCAGUGGAGCUGGCUGUGCACCGAGAACAUCCAGAGAACUCUGCACCUUCUCUUUGGCACCUUCAUCGACAGGUGGCUGGAGGUAAAGGUGUGUAAUCUGACCUGCACUCAGUACUGGGUAACGUACCUGCGCGUGCUGCAGGAGGCGGUUUGGCCCGGAGGGCGUCUCCCAGUCCUGCCCCGCCCCCAACGCAGCCUCCAGGAGAGGGAGGAGACCCGCAGGCAAUCCCUGCACUGCCUCAUGAAGCUGCUCCCAGACUUGGUGUCUGACUUGCUGGGCUCUGAGCGGUACAGACUGUCCUGGACGACUGUGCUGGACUCUCUGCAGGACCCCCACAUAAACAGGCACCUGGUGUAUUCCAUAUGGGACCUGCUCCUGGAGUUUCUCAUUCCAGAGGUGUCCGAGGAGGCCUUCCAGAAAUCUCUACUGCACAGCCUCUCCAAGAACGCAGACAAGCUCCUGCCAUGACGAGCGUUUAGGAUUACAUACACACACACACACACAUGCACUGACGUGCACAUACUCACACCAUACAUAUACACACACACACACACACACACACACACACACACACACACACACACCUCACAUAUACUCACACCACACAUUCCUGUCUGGUGUAGUUUCACUCACGUGGGUGUCUUUCUGAUAUUGUGCCAUUGUCUGUCAUGUGCAGACAUGUUGAUGUGCUCAGUGGGCUUUGAAAUUCAGAAACUGAGGCAAUAGUUUGAGGGCAAUACCAUGGUAACAAGUAUUUCUGAAGUUAGCAUGACUGCUAGCAGGCUAGCAUGCACCCUUGCAUGUCCUUGCAACCUCUAGAAAGGAGUGAUUUCAGUACCAGAGAGCAGUUUCUAACUUCAAACCGUUUUGUAUACACUCUGUUACCACAGACGUGAGCAGUGUUUCCCUCCUAACUGCAGAGUGUGGCGUGUUUCAGUGUUUGUUCUGGAUAUUGUUCUCCCUUCAGGGUCUUAUCUGAAGCUCCAGAGCAUGUAGCCUCACACUCCCACAUUCAACAUCUCCGACUGAUUCCCCAACUAUGAGCAAACAAACAGAGACAAGAAUUAGAAUUAGGGUUACACUUAAGACCAAUGCUAUUGCAGAACUCUAGAACGUGUGAUGUUUUGUGGGUUGUUCCCCUUCUCUUUGCUGGUUUACACCUGAUCUCUUGUGUCUAGUGAACUUUAGCGGAUUUGUUUACAGGAGCCUUAUUUGGAAACAAGUGGUCACAGCAACAUACCACUAAGCUUUGUUUACUAACUCCAUUGUGACGUGUUUCAGUGUGUCAUCUUGUACUUCACAAUGAAACUUAAGUUUUACAGCAUUUUACACUUUCCUUUGAAAUACACAAUCUAGCAGUUAUUUUUGAAGAGCUAUGUCCACACUGAUUGCCAUUAACUCAUACCUUAAAGAGGUCGUCCCCAGUAGAUGUCACAGAGGAAAUCUGUCUUAACGUUGCCAGAUAAUCCCCUUUGUAUUGUCGUUUUUGUGUAUUUAUUAACUUUGUGUAUUUAUAUGUGCUGCUGUAAAUGUUAAUAAUAAUAAAUACAAUCAAUAAAUAGAUACCCCAGCACAGGAGAGGCCUUAAUGUAUACAGGACGCAGCCAGUAGAGUCUGUAGAGCACUCAGCACACAUGAACAAAUGCCACAGAGGUUGUCUUACUGGCAGAAGUAAUGAAUGAAUUUCCCACUGUGAAAGUGCAUUGAUGAUAAUGUAAUCAAUGUGUUGUGUUGUUUAUGCCUUAUCGAUCACUAUCACUGUUUAGCCCAUCAUGUUUUUGCACUUUUUUUCUUUAAAUAGGCAUUCCAGUCAUUUCUUUGCUUUAACACAGAGUAAUGUGUCAUCUCCUGUUGGCUGUUUAAAUGAAAAGUACUGUAUUGUUUGUGCUUGUGCUUGUAUGUGCGUGUCUGUGUGUGGUUGCUGGUUAGAUUGUCUUUUUUCCUAUGGAAUAAAAUUGCAAGAGCUGCUUAAUUCCAAAACA